AUGGAGGGUGCAGGCACCGCCGACCCAGGAGCAGAGAUGGGGCGGAGUGGCGCAGCCGCAGUGGUCGUGGGAUUGUGGGUCUUGGCGACCAUGGGUGUAGCUGCCGACCCCGACGUGACAGAGCCUCAGCGCUGCCUCCUCUCACACUAUCGCUCCUUGGACCCCCGGGCGCUGCUGGCUGUCAAGGCACUGAGGGACCACUAUGAAGAAGAGAUGCUGAGCUGGGGGCCCCAAAACUGCUCGAUCCGCCAGAAGAGGAACCCUCCCCGGCCGUCGUCCUGUGCGAUGCUCCGCCGGGUGGCCCGCGACCUCGCCGACGCCCAGGCCGUGCUGAGCAGCCUGCCGAGCCCUGAGCUCUUCCCCGGCGUCGGGCAGACCCUGGAGCUGCUGGCGGCCGCGAGGCGGGACGUGGCGGCCUGCCUCGGGCUGGCCCGGCCAGGCUCCUGGAGGAGGCCCCCGCCGCGGCCCGGGAGGCGUCCCAAGACUCGCCGAGCUGACUCGCCUCGGUGCCACGAAGCCACCGUCAUCUUCCACCUCCUGCACCUGCUCGCGUGGGACCUGCGGCUGGUGGCGCACUCGGGGCCUUGUCUGUGA